AUGACCCCAGACAUACUCGCUACUAACGACGAAGAUAGAAGACCUCUCAUGGUAACCGAAGACACGGAUUUGGAAUUUCCAACAAAUUCUAGCAUGGAAAGUUUAGGUAUCAUUGGACAACCGUUACAAGUUAAUACUUCUUCCGCUAACACCUCAAAUCCGUUUGCCUCAUUUGAUGAUGUCUUUUAUCAUGGAAACAGUAAACCCGUUUCAAGGAAUAAUAGUUAUAAAAGAGUAAAUGAUCAUACUUAUUUUCCAAGUGUGGGAGAAUUAUUAUGGGAAGAAGGUCAAAUGUAUAGCGACGUAAGAUUAUCUUUCGAGGAUCGUGGAACUUUAGCGGCAAGAGCCGGAAUACCUACAGAAUUACGUCUACACUCUCUCGUGUUAUUCCAAUCCCAAUUCUUUAAGGAACAACUAUCGGUAACUUCUGCGGCCGUACCUUCCUCUCCCUCUUCAAACAUAAUUAAGGAAAAACAAAUUAUCGUGCGAUUACCUUCACGUAUCACAGAAGAGGAUAUAAUAAACUUUUAUAGUACUUUAAAAUUAAUGUAUACAAAGAAUUGGGAUGUUGAAUUGGCAAAUAAUUUAACAAAAGGUGUUGGAUGUUUGUCCGUAUGUUGUGAAAUAGGGUUUCAUGAGGGGAUUGAGGCUUGUUGGAAAUGGUUGGUUAAUAAAUGCAAUCGUGAUAAGAAUAAAGAGAUGAUGAGAAGGUUAAUUGAAGCGUAUCCGAAUUUACAUGAACAAUUUUCAGAACCCGACGAGAAGAUCAAUCCAAAUGUAUUUGCUUCAAUUCCUUAUCAAAGCUCGAGUAAAAGUAAAAGAAAUUCCCAUGUUCAUCAUCGUUCUUCUCGUCGUUCAAAUAAAUCUCGUAGAAGAACAAAUUCCAGUGGAAAUGGCAACCUUAGUAACAGACAAUCAGUUCCUCCAAAGAUUAAAUUAUAUCGUGGUGAUGCCUCAAUGUUAAACGAUUCUUCGACCUCUCCGUGUGUGCCCUUUGAAAAAUCUUAUGCUAUAUCAUCAAAACGAGCAUGUUCUAAAAUGCAAAUAGAAUCAAGGCAAGAUAGCAAAUGUUUCCCAUUCCUUGAACAUUUCGUUUCAAUAUUUGAUUCUAUUAAUCAAUUGGGUAGAGCUAAGCGUAUAAGUUCCCCCGAAGCUCUUGAUUACACAUUGCGCAUGUUAAAUGUAAUCAAAAUCGAGCAUGCUCAUUUUCACACUUUACAUAUGCCAUCACAGAAUAAACAACUGAAACCUUCCAAAUCUUCCAAAUCUCUCAAAUCUCUCAACCGAUCGCGUCCCACUUCACCAUCUCCUUCAUCACCGUCAGCAAUGUCUGCAUCAAAUUCCAACAAUACGCCUCCAAUAGUACUUCAUGAAUCAUUGGAUGAACCGUUAUCACAGAUAUUGAAAAAUAUUCUGGCUCCAAAAGAACAAAAACAUUUAUGCGAUUUUUUAUGGGCCCCUUCAAAUAUUUCAAAUUUAAUGCAUUUAAGAGAAAUAAGAAGUGAUGAUGAGGACAAUAUGGAAGAAGAUGAAUUCGAAGGGUAUGAUCAACUGAUGGGUGAAAUUAGCUUGGUAAAGGCUUCACGUGUAAGUAAAAUUGAGCAUAUGGUUGUUGGUGAAAAAAUGGCCAAAUGUAUGAGAGAAAUUCGUUCAAAUACCUCAAAGAAUUAUCGUUCUUCAUGA